GAAGUGUGCGCGUUGUUAUGUGCUAUUCGGUGGUUUCGUAAUUUAAUUUAAAAGUAAUUUCUCCAGAUUACCAACAUUUCGGCUUAUAGAAAAUAGCUGCUCUAUAUCUAACGUGAAUUCAUCGCCCCUUUUAAUCAAUUUGGUUUGUGCUACUUAUCAUCAUGAUAAAGGCAUGACUCGCUAACCUGACAACUUGAAGCUGAAACACAGAUGGCGCUUAAACAAGAAAGUGUACCGGCGCUUGCGUCUCCGAUGCUGCACCGCACCGAAUAUAGGGAAGCCGGCCCACCACCUCUGGCCACUGAAGACUUCGAAGAGGACGAGUUCCAAGAUGCCGCCGAAGAGCAACUUGAGUAUUCCAUGGAUUUACAAACGGCCUUCGAAGAAUGUGAGGUUGCAAUGAGAAAAUUUUUCAAUAACGACCUGGUGGGAGCGUCGAAUAUAAUGAAACCUUGGUGCCGCACGUCUUUGUACCACAGUCUUGGCAUGUCCAUCUUCGAGUUCAUCCCCGCCAUGUUGACCUUCGACCACGGGCAGAUCAACCGCGCUUUAGCGGCGCUCAAAGUGUGCAUCUCCAUCUGCAAUCAGCAUCGCAGGAAUUUCUCACUCGUCGAGAGCAUUGGCACUAUGAUAAGAAAGCCAAACUUUAGCACGUACACAGACUUAGAGGCGCACGCCGAGCUAUGCUACGCGGAAGCAUUGCUGCUCCAAGCCAUGAUGACUAUCAUGGAGGGUGAGGACCUCACCGGCCUUAUUAAGGGCACCAUCAAAGUCAAGAACUGCUACAAUAGCUAUAAAGACUGCGCCAAGAUUCUUGCGCGCAAACAGUGGGAGAGUGAAACGUCGCGGAUACAUUUCCACAGCGGCGUGCGCCUGGGCACCGCCACGUUCAACGUGAUGAUAUCGCUACUGCCUCCCAGGAUCAUCAGUCUGCUGGAGUUCGUCGGCUUUUCAGGAAAUAAGAGCUACGGUCUAACAGAGCUAGUGGCCGGCAUGCGGUCCUCGGGCCUGCGGGCCGUGCUGUGCGAGCUGACGCUGCUCGCGUACCACCUCGUCAUCUGCCACUUCAUCGGCGCGCAGGCCGACCUCGACAUCUGCCAGGAGAUACUGGACAAGGAGCUCAAGGUGUACCCGGAUGGUGUAUGGUUCCUGCUGUUUAAAGGGCGGCUCGAGCUGAUGCGAGGAAUGUUCAACCCUUCCAUAGUCACGUACAACUUAGCCAUAGACAGCCAGGACAUGUGGCUGCAGUUCCGACAUGUCUGCUACUGGGAGAUCAUGUGGGUUAAUGGGUUGAAAAUGGAUUGGCGGCAAGCUGCAGUGUAUGCCAACAAGCUAAUGGAGGAGAGUUCGUGGUCGCGGACGAUCUACACCUACACCAAGGCGGCGCUGCUGCUGCAGCUGGGGGAGGGCCUGAAGCUCGGCGAGAGGCAGCAGUGCAACGAGCUCAUGAGGAACGCGUCUUACUACAAGCAACGCAUCGCAGGCAAAUCGCUCCCGAUGGAGAAGUUCAUGAUCAAACGUUGCGCGCGCUACGGCGCGCAGGGCCACCAGCUCGUGCUGCCCGCGCUGGAGCUGCUGUGUCUGUGGAACAUGUUCCCCGUGCUCGCGCGGCACGAGCGCGCCGCGCAGGACGUGCUCAAGUUAAUAGAAACUACCCGCGACCGCCUGGACGCUGGCCCUAAGGAGUGGAUGGGUGGCUACGAGGCAGACAACCGCGCGCUGCUGUGGUACCUGCACGGGUGCUGUCUCUCCGCCAUGGGCCUCCCGCGACUCGCCCUGGACUCGCUCGACUCAGUCAUGCUGUUGAAGAACGAAAUCAAAGAGGAUACGUUCCUGCUGCCGUACUCGAUGGCCGAGAUCGCCGUAUGUAACCAUUACUUGGGCGACGAUGAACGCGCCCUGCAAAUACUCACUGACACCAGGAAAAAGUAUUCCGGAUAUUCACUAGAAUCGAGGCUUCAGUUCCGUAUGCACUCAAGGAUGAUCAUGAUAAAGGAAAAAGAACAGAAAAACAAAACGGACACCGUAAAAAAAAUUGUAUCAUAAAUCGUUGAUGACGGUACUUUAAGCAAAGUACUAACAUUGCUUAGUUAAAAAAUUAAGUGAUUGUCAGUGUUCCUCGUUUAAAAAAAAUACGAAAACAUGGUGAUGAUAUCAUUAUAAGUUCUGCGGAAUCAGGUAGUGUUGUCAGUCGCCGCAGCAAACUGGGGUAUCAAGUCUGUCUUGGGGUAUGACCAUGGGGACAUUAACAACGGCCUUCUGUACUGUCCCGUACAGUCACGCACGCUCUAUCCUGGGCCCCUGUCGGAUAACAUUGCGGAUGGUUAUGAGCUUAGCAGGAUGUCAGGAGUUUAUGAGCUUAGCAGGAUGUCAGGAGUUUUAUUAAUCUUAGUCAACUGUUACGUUAGAUGUUGUCGUUAUAUUUUAUAAACUACUUCACGAACUUGACGUAGACAUAAGCCUUCAAAUUUUAUAAGAGAUGCUACUAGUUGAAAACUAUGUAUAAAGUAUAAAUGUACCUACUUAUCUAAAGUCUACACGUGUAGUACAAUAUAUCUAUACUACCUACCCAUUAGAAAGAAAACAUUUACCUUAUAAUUGUAAAUACUGUUUGAGAUCGUAAUUUUGAGUCGCAGUGUUCGAUAGCAAUUAAUUACUUCGAGCAGACGGACCAGUGCACUAAAUAUAAAUUAACCCCCUUAUUCAUAAACGUAUACUAAAGUUGACAAGCCGAUAAUAAUCGUUUGUCCCUUACCGACGUAUUGGUAUGAUGGAAAGGGACAAACGAUUAUUAUAGGAAUUUAAACUGUUGUGAGACAUACUAACAUUGAAUAAUUUUACGGUUUACGGCGCGAGUGACUAAAAACAAGUGAAUCUAAACCGUAAAAUUAUUCAAGAUUAUUAUAGGCUUGUCAACUUUAGCAGACGUUUAUGAAUAAGGGGGAAUGUCUUUAUGAUUAUGACAUUCCGUGCGAGUGCAUUCUGUCAAGGAAAUAUGUACUGUUAAAAGGGUUUCUAACAAAGAGUUAUACAUUGCAGAAGACAUGUAAAGUCUAAGAUAACAUUGUUGCCCCUAGUUUGACAGUUGAAAUAGAUGGCGCUGUACUGCAUCAUAAGUUUUGUGGUUACCCGAUUGUCAGACAUCAAUUUUUGACUGUAACUUAACACAGGGGGGCGAUUUUUGAAAUUCGAACGCUCGAUUUCGUCGCUCGGAAAUCGGUGGAAAACAGCUAUAUACUAAUUUUUGAAAUACGAGCGAUAGAAAUUUGGAAUCUAGUGGUAUUGACCACUCGUUUUCAAUUCUAUUAGUAGAAUUUAAGUGCCUAGUAGUGGAGAUAUUAUUGAACGAAAUACACGAAAUCGAGCGGUCGAAUUUCAAAAAUCGGCCCCCUGAUGUAGUGCAUAAUUAUUUUCCUUCGUAUUUUCACGGAAACGUACGAACGUGUCGUGCUAUUACAGUCAGUCUCGGUACAAAAAGUACUGAGGUUGACUGAAGUAGCAUGGCAAAUACGAACGUUUCCGAGAAAAUACGAAGGAAAACAAUCAUGCAAACAUCUGUACUGCAUAACGUUCGCAGCCGCACACAUCUCUGUCACCGGCUACAUCAGCUGUCAAAUUCGAAGCACGACUUUGUCUAUUAAGACUUUACCCAUAUUAUAGGUACAUACAAUCAAUGAAUCUGUUUCUAAUAUGUAUGAUAGGAAAAGGCUCCAUGGGCAUAUGUACUAUACAUAUACAAAUAUAUAUCGUGUAAACGACUUAUAGUUUAAAGAAUCAACUUAUAGCAUUAGUGAAAAUAUUAGUACAAAUUCGAAUCAAUAUCAGUAUAGUAUACCUAUAACUUCAACAAUCUAGAAAAACGUAUAGCGAGUACCAUGUAGGUAGGAUUAACACAGGAGCGUCGCGACAGUAUCUCACCCGCGAGAUAGACAAGGUAUAGUUAAAACAGAAGUCUUUUUCUCGGUAGUUUAUCUCGCGGGCAAGACACUAUCGCGGCGCUCCUGUGCUAAGCCAAUUGGUUUGAUUAAGGAAUAAGAGACUAUAUGUAGUAUUGAAUUUAAACCAAUGUUUUUUAUUUAUAUUUAGAAAAUUAUGAGGCUAGUUCUUGUAAUAUCAAAAAAUACCAAAUUCGAUAAUUACAACCAAAUUAAUUAAUAACUUUAACACCAAAUUGUUUGUAACUUUUUGUCAACUAUGUAUGUACUUAUUUAAUUAUUAUUUACAUAAAUGCCUGUCUGAGCUUAGAUAUUUUUUGGAAGUGUACUUAAAAUGUGCCUUGCCAUUUAAGAUAUAUUUUAAUAACUAAUGAAAAGGGAAGUCCCUGGAUGAAGUUGUUUUUUUUUUACGUUAAAGGCCAAAGUCAAAAUUAGGCCUAAAACUGGUAUUAGAGAAAAAAAACAAUUAAAGACUCUAACAACCACUUUUAGGGUUCCGUACCCAAAGGGUAAAACGGGACCCUGUUACUAAGACUCCGCUGUCCGUCCGUCUCUCACCAGGCUGUAUCUCGUGAUCUGUAAUAGCUAGACAGCUGAAAUUUUCACAGAUGAUGUAUUUCUGUUGCCGCUGUAACAACAAAUACUAAAAACAAUAAAAAAUAUUUAAAUGGGGCUCCCGUACAACAAACGUGAUUUUUGACCGAAGUUAAGGAACGUCGGGCGGGGUCAGUACUUGGAUGGGUGACCGUUUUUAUAGAUAAUGGUACGGAACCCUUCGUGUGCGAGUCCGACUCGCACUUGGCCGGUUUUUCCUAUAACUGUCGAAUGAAAAGGGCGCUAAAUAAAUGCGUGUCAAUCAUUCCCAAAAGGAACUAUUUAAAUCAACUAGAAAACAUUUUUAGAUAGUAAAGCUGUUUACCACAAUACACACAGAAAAUGACAAAGAAGUAGAGUCGCACCAAGAAAAGUCUGCAGCGGAUUUGAUAGCCCACGCAGUGUAAGUGUUAUUUAUACGUCAUAAUUUCAUAGAAGUUUGACGUUUAAAAUGACACUUGCACUGCGUGGACUAUCAAAAUCGCUGCAGACUUUUCACGGUCUGACUCUAUUUAUUUCCACGAUCUCCAGAUUUAGGUCGAAAGAAGACUAAACUAUACCUGACAGACAGAAAAGUAUAGGUACGAAUUCGGGAUUGGCUCUCUAUUUACUUUUUCUUAUUUUAAAUACUUAAGUCGUAAGAAUAAAUAUUAUAUUUUUUUAGGCUGUUUAUAUAUUUUUGCUACUAAUAUAUAGGUAUUUAAGGAACAUGGAAUAGUCAAGUUACGUUUCAAUAUUUAUUUAGAAAAUAUAAUUCACCCUGGAUCUUAGGAAAAGAAAUGUUAAAACCGUAUUUUUUUCUAAAUAGGUAUUAUUGAUUUCUUAAAUACAUACUACCAUUUUUUCACUCACUAGUCUUAUAACACUCACCAUUAUCACUUGAUCGAAUUAACCUUUUUUUAAUUGCCAGUAAUCCAUUAAAUCAAAUAAAUUAUUUUUCAGUUGUAGCGCGGGAAUUUUAAUUUCUACCUGAAAUCUAUUAUCGUGGUUACUAUUGUUAUUUAUUUAUUAUACUUGCUAAUGUGAUAUAGGAAUAAGAAGAAGUGUUGUUGUUAUUAGACAAAGUGCUGACAGUAAAAAUUAAGUCAUAUUAUAACGUCCUAAUAAUUAUAGUUGUAUUCUGGCAUAUGUCUGGACUAUAAUUUUAUUAUACCUUUAGGUUACUAAAGAAAUGGGUUAGAUUAGCAGCUAGACUUUGUUAUGGUCAUGCGUAUUGUUAUAUUUAUAUUUUCCACUCUUUAUAGCAAUCUGGCAACACUAGACACAUUUAUUUGAAUUGGCAGUUUCAUAAACACAAAUAGAAGAUAUAAUGGCCUCAGUACACAGUGAUUAACGAUGGGCCAUGCCAAGCCACUGCCAUGGGCGACUGUGUGAACACCACAGGCCAUAUGCUACGCCACGAUUCCUUUGAAGUGUCAAAAACACCGACAACUUCCCGAUUGUACACCACGAUAGACAACUGAUGGCCAGUCGUCCGCCAUUGUAUACUAUUGGCCCCUGUACACAAUGGCGAUGGCUUGUCAUGGACCAUCAAUGACCACUGUGUAGGUACUGGGGGGCCUUGUGUAAGUUUGAAACUAGUCUACAUAACCUUCCAGUAAAACACCGCUGAUCAACCGUCACAUUGACGUGAUUAUUUUGAAUUUUCAAAGUUUCCCCUUCCCGUCUAAAAGUCCCGGGAUUUAAGACUCUUCAACCAGUCAGAUUUCGCAUUAUUUUCUGCCAGCUCUCCCUCACAUUCAAGGACACCCUUUUACUCCAUUUAGUUAGUACCUAUUCUAAGAGUCAAAUUUUACUAUUUUUCUGUUGUGUUAAUAAUACACAUAAGUAUAUGUUUAAUUAGUAAAUAAACGUUAUUUAUAUGUUGGGGCAAUCGGUGUGUAUUUUUAACUAAUUAAAAUAAAAUUAUUUAAUGCCUU